GCGCGGUCAGACGACGCCUCCUGCCCGGGCUCCUCGUCUCGCAGCUCGCCUCGUGGAGACGCUCGCCUGCUCCCACUUCUCCAGCCGCUGCUGAGCUCGUCGCAAGCCGGCUCCAUGGCUGCUGCUGUCGCCGCCGCUCCAGCCCCGCGUCGCCCUUGGCUCCCCUGGGCGCUACUCCUGCUCCUGGCCGCGCUGCUCCCCUCCGCUUUCCCAGCUGCACCAGAGAAGGAAGUGCCAAACAGAUCUUUGAGAGUACGUGACCAGUCAUCACCUCACAGGUCAUCUGUACGGUGGAGGCUGCCCCAUUCUUCAGGCUUCAGGAGCCCACACAGAUAUCCAAGUUAUCGCUCAAGAUAUGGAGAAAGCAAUAGAAAGAUGAGCUAUAUGCCACUGCCAAAAGAAGAACGAAAUGAUGAGAUGAAAAAGCUAGCAUCUGAAUCAGUGCAUGUGGUUUCACUGCAGUCAAGGACCUCCCAGGCACUAAGUCAACCUGCAUAUCGGGCUGCUUUAAAAGCUGCAGAGGAGGAGGAACAGGAAGAGGCAAAAGACAUCACUGUUCGAGUUAUGUCAUCUCAGUCUGUUCUUGUUACUUGGUCAGAUUCCAUCUCUGAGAAACAGAGGCCUACUCCUUCCAGGCAGUACGCUGUUCGUUAUCGAGAGAAAGGUGAAUCAGCAAGGUGGGAUUACAAGCAAGUGCCCAACAAGCGAGUGUUGGUGGAUAAACUGAUUCCUGAUACCAUGUAUGAAUUUGCAGUUCGCGUUUCCCAGGGAGAAAAGGAAGGCAAAUGGAGUGCCUCUGUUUACCAAAGAACCCCAGAAGCUGCUCCUACUAGUGCACCUGAAAACCUUCAGGUUUUGCCCAUUAAAGGAAAAGCAACAUCUGUUACUGCAACCUGGGAUGCUCUUUCAGAGAGUGAAGGAAGAGUAAAAGAAUACAUUCUCUCAUACGCCCCUGCUCUCAAGCCCUUCGGUGCAAAGUCCAUUUCUUACCCGGGAGAAACUACGUCUGCCAUAGUGGAUGAUCUGGAGCCUGGGGAACGCUAUAUUUUCAAAAUCCGCGCAGGAAACAGGAGGGGACAAGGCCCUCAGUCUAAAGCCUUCAGUGUUGUUCUACCAGCAACCAGUAUACCUGAAUCAAAGGCCAGUCGACAAACACACACUGAAGAUACACUGGAAAUUAAAGCGUCUGGGAAUACUGAACAAUCCCCCUCUAUCCAAACCUCUUCAGUCUUGUCUGAAACUAUCUCUAAGCAUACUUCAGGUCAUUCAUCCAGUGUCCCUCAUGGAAGAAAUACAGAAAGUUCUCUUUCUGACCUCAAGAAAAAACUCUUAUCUGGUAGUGGGAUCCUUCCCAAAACGCAGCUAUCUUCUAGAAGAAGAAUAGAACCGGAAACUGACUCUCAUUCCAUUGAAAGCACCAGUGACCAUGAUUCUUCCAGUAGAACAUCAAUGCAGUCAAAAAUUCAUGAUGUUAAGAACCAUGUUACACCACAUUCCCCUGUCAAACCUUCACAUUCUGUUCCUUCCUCAGGUAGAACUGCACAUAGAUCACGCACACUUGUGCGAACUGGGCAGAUAAGUACUGAUAAGCAAAGGUUGUCACCAUCUUCCUCCUCAGCACACACCUCAGUUUCUUUAUCAGCAUCUUCUUCUCCUAAAGAUACAGGAAGUGAAAUACAGAAUGCAAGACAUGGCAAUGCUAACCAUCAUUCUUCCUCUGAAGUCACUGUAGAUAAUCUGCCUGAUGAUAAUGAAAGUAAUUAUCAAAUUGAUAAUACGGAGAAAACUUCAGUAAAGUCUUCUAAAACUCCAGGAGAUUCUCAUUUGAUUUUUAGCUCAAAUCAACAGCCUUCUCCAUCUCAGAAGGUGAUUCAUCCAACCAAAUUGCUUACCCCUUCAGUAUCAUUAAAGCCUUCUGCAUCAUCUGUAUCAAUAAAUUCUCAAAAACAUUCUCGCUAUCCAUCUAAUAAAUUAGUUCCCUCUGAUACCAGCGGUACUCCUGAGACUUAUAAGAGCAGAGAAACAGAACAGAGAGAGCAAAAACCAAGUUCCAGGCUUUCUUCUCCUCGGGGUGGGUCAUCUACAGCUGUGCAAAGAAAGCCUCUUUCUCAUUUCAGUGAUCACACAUUAAGAGAUUCAAGAAUAGCCACCUCUGCUGUUUCUGCUGCUGUUACUCAUACGUUACCUCACUCACAAGGCUCAUCUUCUGCUAAAAAGAAGCAUUACGGAAGAGAUGAUUCUGAUGAUAAAAGUGAAAACAGUAAAAAAGAAAAUGAAGAGCAUAGACAAAGAUCCUCAUCUACAUCUAGUUCUAGAUUAUCUUCAAGCCAGCCUGCAUCUGAACGCUUUAAUUUGUUCAAAUACAGAUCAGCUCUCACAGCCAAUCGAUUUGCAAACAAAACUGGUAAUACUCAAAAUGCCAGGAUACAGCCUUCUGCGGCCCCGUCCUCUACACUGUCAUCAAAGCUGCAACCUCAGUCUAGUUCACAGUUAACAUCAGGCAGUGUUCACAAAUUUAAUGCAAAUACAGAUAAACAUAGAGAACUGGAGGGUGAAGAUGAACAUCCUCUAUCAACUCCUCACCAUGGUCAUUCAUCAUCCUUUUCUAGACAGUCAUCUUCAGUGGACUAUUCUAGAAGGAAGAGUUCUCUGACAGAACUGAGGAAUCCUCACAUAAUUGCACCCAUUGAAAAAUCUAAUCCAACAAAUGUAAAAGAGGAAAGCUUUGGUGAAGAAAGGAAGCACACAGAUACAAAAAUGUAUUCUUUACAUAAAGACUCAUUGUCUUCAGUAUCUGGCCAGUCUCAAUCAUUAAGCAGAAUAAACCAUCGCUCUAGUACCUCUCAAAGAUUAACAAAUGGCCAGAGUUCAAGAUCCAAAGGCUCAACUUCUUCCACUGACUCUUUAUCAAGGACAUCUAUUGAAAAGCCAACUCCUUUACUACCUUCCAUGUACCAACCUGGUGAUCUAGACACAAAAGAUGAUAUAUCUCCCAAGUCCGUUCAAACUCCAUUAUUGUCUAAAAAAACAUUAGUGAGAAAUUCUCAUGCUUUAUCCCGCAAAACACUUCAUCCAGAACCUAGCCACUACCAAAAGGUAGUAACUGAUCAGUCACGACAUCAACCCUCAUUAAAUUCUAGAAGCCACCUCAGAAUUACAUCCUUCCAAAAUAAAGAAAAAUUAGAGGAUGAAGAAAGUGAAAGUUUAGGUGAAAACUAUUAUGAGGGGGCUCAUGAUAAAGAGGAACAGAGAGCUUUUCCUUCAAUACCUAUUAGAGAUGUUUCUUCAUCUAGGAGAAUAUCCACAUCUUUAUCUCAGGGAAAUAUGGAUACCUUUCUUUUAAAGCAUUCGGACACUCACACUAGGAAAUCGGGUGAAAGAUCCCCAAAUCAGCAGGAAUCUUUAACCUCUUCCAGAGGAUUAAGCUCAUCACCAGGAAAGCCUGUUGGUUCACAGGUUAUUAGUUCUAGUGAAGAUACAUCUGGUGCAUCCAAACUGCUGGUGACUUCCCAUCAAUCUAAGUAUGUCCAACCAGGAUCUACAUCUGUUGGUGCCUUAGCCAAAGACCAUCAGUACAGUAGAGGAACUUCAAAAUCAUCCUCAACUAAUCUGAGACAAACUCAUUUUAUAACACCCCACUCUCAGUCAGGCUUUAAAGUCCCGACAAGGACAGCAUCCCAAAUAGAAAAAAAACAUGGACUCUUCCAGCCUACCCCAACAAAAGUUGAACUUUAUCCCAAAACAACUAACUCUAAAAUACAUCAGUCACUUUCAAACAAUAAUGGAAAUUAUGAAGAUUAUGAUGAGUCAGAAACAGAGGAAAAUCCAACAUCAUAUUCAGUGACAAGAUGGUCACCUUCCAUUUCUAGAAACAGCAAAGGUGUAAAAAAUGAUGUUGCUAGUGAUAAAAGUAAAUCACCAAACCCUACUUUGCCACACAAAGGAAGAUUUUCUGAUGAGAAAGAAUAUAAGCAAAAGGAGGAAGUGGAGGAAGAACCUCCCACAUCCAAAAUACCAAAUUCUGCACCAUUGGGUAGAUCCACUUCUUUAACUUCCAGAUCUUCUCAGUCUCCUAAUAAAUCAAAUACCUCGCCUAAAUUAAAUUUGGCUUUGCCAUGGUCCUCUGGAUCUUCUUCUGUACCUUCUCAACGUCAUCCUACUCACUCUGUUUCUCCAACACAUUCUUCAUCCUCUCACAUAGUGUCCACAAGUCAUCGAAAACAGCACUCAAGAUUAUUAAACCCUUCCCAACAGCAGCAAGCUAGAGUUCCUCAUAGACAAGGUAAUGGUGGCAGACCCAACCUAACAACAAAACUGGAUCUAAAUAAUAAAAUAACACCAGGUGGUAAUGGAAAACGGAAUGGACAGAGGAUAAUAAAUGGUCCACAAGAGAUAAUAGAUAGGAUUGUAGAUCUUGAUAGAGGGCUAGUGCUAAAUGUUGAAGGAAGAUAUCUUCAAGAUUCACAAGGAAAGCCUCUCAGAGUAAAAUUAGGAGGAGAUGGGCGUACUAUUGUUGAUUUUAAUGGAGCUCCAAUAGUAAGUCCAGAUGGUUUGCCUUUAUUUGGAAAUGGAAGGUUUAGCAAACCUGUGGCAAAUGCACAGGAUAAACCAAUAAUAAGCCUUGGGGGGAAGCCACUGAUCGGUCUUGAAAUGGUUAAAAAAACAACCACUCCAUCCAAAACAAGGACAACUACUAUUACCACCACCACCACUACUACAAGUACUACUACCACUCCUGAGCCAACAACUACUGAGCCACCAACAGAGAAACCAUUGCCUACAUGUCCCCCUGGCAGUUCUGCUGAGUAUGAUGAUGAAGGAAAUCUUGUAGUAGACCUUAAUGGACUGCCUGAAUGCAACUCCGAAGAUGUAUUCUCAGGCCAUGAGGCUGAUAUUGGAGUGACGACAGAGUCAUAUGUGGUCUAUGAGGAAGAUUAUGAGUUUUUUGAGACCACUCUGCCUCCAUCCACCACUACCACUACUGAAGCACUGCCUGAAAUUGGCUUUCCAGAGUUCAGCCAUGUUGGUUCUGAUCCUUUGUCAGAAUAUGAUGCUGCUGGGAAAAAACGCUUUAGUGCUCCUUAUGUUAUUUAUCUGAACAAGGAUCUGGCAGCUCCUUGCUCAUUGACAGAGGCUCUAGACCAUUUCCAAGUAGAAAAUCUGAAUGAAAUCAUCCCUGCUGGCCUACAAGAUAUGAAUGUGCAUCCUCAGAAAGCCCCUCACAAUAUCACUAUAGUAGCUGUGGAAGGCUGCCAUUCCUUUGUGAUUGUAGACUGGGCUAAACCUAUGCAUGGUGAUUUGGUAACAGGAUAUUUAGUUUAUAGUGCAUCUUAUGAUGACUUUCUCAGAAAUAAAUGGUCAACCAAGACUGCAGGAAGUACCCAUUUGCCCAUUGAAAAUCUGAAGCCAAACACAAGGUAUUACUUUAAAGUCCAAGCAAAGAAUCUUUAUGGCUAUGGACCAAUAAGUUCAUCAGUCUCCUAUGUCACAGAAUCUGACAAUCCUCUGCUUAUUGUCAGACCACCAGGUGGUGAACCUAUCUGGAUCCCAUUCACCUUUAAAUAUGAUCCCACAUACUCUGAAUGCAGUGGCAAGCAGUAUGUGAAACGGACAUGGUAUCGGAAAUUUGUAGGUGUUGUUCUCUGUAACUCACUGAGAUACAAGAUAUACCUCAGUGAUGAUCUAAGAGAUACAUUCUAUAGCGUUGGGGAUAGUUGGGGAAGAGGUGAAGAUCAUUGCCAAUUUGUGGACUCACACUUGGAUGGAAGAACAGGGCCACAAUCAUAUGUUGAAGCUCUGCCUACUAUUCAAGGUUAUUAUCGGCAGUAUCGACAAGAACCCGUAUCAUUUGGUCGCAUUGGAUAUAUGACACCUUAUUACUAUGUGGGCUGGUAUGAGUGUGGUGUACCCAUUCCAGGGAAAUGGUAACUACUGGAGACUACCUGUGAUUUUUAAGUGAAGUACACCAAGCUGUGCCUUUUGAAUGACUUAUUGGAGGACUCUAAGCAGCUGGUCUGGGGAAAAAAGUGGAAAGCACAGAAAGGAGGAAACAAACAGCAACCUAGUAGACACUGAUGAAACUGAACAUUGUAUGGGAUUUAAAUUUGAUGUCCUGUCUUUCUUCUCUUCGCCUUUAAAGGCACAGAGACAUGGCUACAAUGGGUGCUACCUGGUGUUCAGUGAACCUAAUGUAUUUUGCUAGCCAUGAAAAAUUGAAUUGUGAUAUAUCUUGCAAGGAAUGACUUAAGCAUGUUGUGCUUGCAUUAUGGACUGCUAACCACUUUCCAUCUGUAUUAAUGGAAUUGUCUGUUGCCUACCAAAGGGCAGAGUCUUAUGCUUGAGAAUAUUACUGUUCAGUCAUGAUGUGUUACUAAACAUCCAUGAAAACCAAGUCAGUGUCACUCUAGACUUUUCAUGUGGGUUUGCACACUGCAGGACAAAACACCAGGUCUCUAUGUAAAUUCAACUUAAAAAGUACAGUACUGUAUGCUUGCAGAAGUAUUUUUUUAGAAGCUGAGGUUUUCUUGUUGAUUUAGGUAAAUAUGUUUAUGGGAUGAUGAUUUAUGUAAAAGGUGCUAUUAAUUAACAUGACUUAAUUUUUUUAUUCUGUGAAAAAUAUGUUAUAAUACACAAUACAGUAACCAUGUAAAGAACCACGCUUCUCUUUUUAUGAAUACGGUUGAGCUGUAAUGAUGCUGAUAGUUGUAUAAAGCAGAAGAAUUCUGCCUCAGGCUUCCUAGCAAUUGAUGUUUCUAUGUCGUUGAAUUAUUUUCAUGAUAUGGUUCAGAACCCAGCCAAAGUGCCAAUUCAGCACAAUAACAAUGUACAGAUUAAAUUAAUAUUUAAUGCUUUUUAAUAAAUUUCACCAACCACUGAA